CCUCGUCUCGAACGUGCUUAAAUCUCGAAAAGGGACUGUUCCUGUUUUUUGUAACUCAUAUUAACAACUCACUGAAAGUCACAGUUGGCAAUUGUCAAACGAGCCGUCUGGAAUGCACUAUUUGACGAAAACACUUGGAGACCGCGGCGGCGUUUACUGCGGGGAACGAACCCUGCGGAAUGACAGUUGAUGCCAUUAAGACCGCCUUUUAGGCCGCGGAACAGCCAAUCGCGGCUCAACGAAAGACGGCGAGGUGUUCUGCGCAUGCGCACGUCACUUGGAAGGAACACGCCGGCAGGGAGAUGAGUAGAUGCGCCAAAGCGUAGUCCCAUUCAUUGUUUCUGCUCCUAACAAGUUGGAAGUGCAUGGGGUGUCUGCAUAACGACGUCCCCAUGGUUAGUCGGCGGACUUUGCCACGGGACACGAGGCUGGCAGAACGCUCAUUAUCAGUGUUUGUGUGACUAAUCAUCCUCACUCGUCAGGAGGAAGUGGGCUCAUACUCCGCGCAGACAUUCAAUGACCAAUUAUGAACUGUCACAAUUCAGGAAGUGCCGUACCUCUUGUGGGAACGACAGUGGCGAGUUGUAACAACUGUCCCGUGACUUGUGUCAGUAACACUGCACCCGUGUUGUCCAAGGGGUUGCCCAAUUUGCCGACCUCGUCAAACACCGUCAUCCAGACGCCUAUCUCCAACUCGCUAGGAGUAAUCGCCUCAGCGCCGACCGUGACCCCGGCAUCAGGAGCCACCGUGACCCUCGUCAGGCCUCCUAUGCAAGCCGUGCCGUUGGGUCCAACUUUGAACGGGAACAAUGAUGUGGUACGGGCGGUGGCGCCCCCGAUCAAGGCAGAGGCCCCCGCCACCAACAUCCAGGCUCCAUCGCAGCUGUCUGUCAGUUGUGACUCUGCCGGUGCUCCUCGUUCUGCUGGUCCAGGUGGGAUGCAAACACUAACGCAACAGAUUUUGUCACCCAGGCUCCCUUUGACAACCACUGGGCAGCCCAGUAUACAUAACAUCCAGCUUCCCCCAGGGAUGGUGCUUGUACGCUGUGAGACUGGACAAUUGUUGAUGAUUCCUCAGCAGGCACUGGCCCAGAUGCAGGCACAGGCACUAGGAGGCAUGGCACCCAGAACUGCUACACCAAACAUGCCUCCAGGCCAGGCUCCUGGAAACAGCAUCAUCAGCAGACAAACAUCUCCCAGCACCAUUAUCCGACAGGGGUGUCCAACUCCAACAUCGUUGCCUUCCACCACCACUCUUCAUAGACCUCCUGGCCUUCAGGGUUCAGUGGCGACGGCAAUGCCAAGAAUGACUCAGAGAAGUCAAACAGCUGGGACCACUGUUACGUCAAUUACAUUGAGUAAAGAGACAAUGGAGAAUGUGAACAAAUGUAGGAACUUCUUGUCUACACUGAUCAAGCUGACUUGCACUGGCAAGCGAUUAACCGAGGCUGCCAGUGUGAAACAGCUGGUUAAAGACCUACUGGAGAAUAAACUGGAAGCUGAGGAAUUCACCAGCAGACUAUAUAAAGAGCUCAACUCAUCGCCCCAACCGUACCUAGUGCCUUUCCUUGAGAAAAAUCUUCCUGCCUUGAGGCAACUUACACCAGACUCUGCAGCCUUCAUCCAGCAGAGUCAGCUCACCCAGCCAGCAUCUGGAUCUGUCUUGUCCACCUCACAAAGCCCCACCACGGUUGUCCUGAGUAGCCCUGCUCCUCGCCUCGCCACUCAAAUUAACAGAACCCAACUUCAGCCAAAUGUUAGCAAGCCUGGACAGACUCCGUCACUUGUCCUCCAGCCUCAGCAGCAGAGAACAAUGCUGAGACCUCAGGUCCCCUUAGCCGUGUCCCCUAUGGUGAAUCUCAGGAAUCAGGCCCCUGGUCGCAUUGUGCUGGGACAGCCACAGGUCCAGCUUAAAGAGUUGCAACCAUUUCCUGUCAAGUCGGAGGUGCCACCUGUUUCCAGGCUAAGCCCGGCCGCAGUCUUGACUCUAGCCCAAAAGAAUAGGCUAAAAGAAGCAGGCGGUACUUUCAAAGAUGAUGACGACAUCAAUGAUGUAGCCUCCAUGGCUGGAGUAAACCUGUCUGAGGAAAGUGCCAACAUCCUCGCAACCAAUUCAGGAAUUGUUGGAGCAGUGACACAUUCCUGUCAGGAUGAGGCUUUUCUUUCCUGCACCAUGUUACAGAGGAGAAUUCAGGAGAUUGGUGCUCCCCUCAAGAUUUCUGUCAGAGGAGUGCAAAGAAUAAUCAGAAGAGUUGUCCAAGGGCCAAGGACCACCUGUGGAGAGCUUCAAAAAGACCUGGAAUUAGCAGGCUGCAGGCAUGGAGUGACAGACCUUGGUCCAGAUGUGAUAAAUUGUGUCUCACAUGCUACCCAGCAUCGACUACGCGAUCUGCUGGAAAGGGUUUCCCUAGUGGCACAGCAGAAAAACGGCAAUUUCAAGGAGGAGGACAACCAUGAACAGAGCAGUGAUCUUCGUUCUCAGCUUAAGUUCUUUGAGCAACUGGAUCAGUUAGAGAAACAGCGGAAGGAGGAACAGGAGAGAGAGAUUCUCUUAAAGGCAGCUAAGUCUCGAGCUCGUCAAGAAGACCCAGAGCAGCUACGUCUGAAACAAAAAGCAAAAGAGAUGCAGCAGCAAGAACUCGCUCAGAUGAGACAGAGGGAGGCCAAUCUGACUGCUCUUGCUGCCAUUGGCCCGAGAAAAAAGAGGAAGGUUCCGGACUCUCCAUCUUCCACCGCUGUAACAGAGGGAUCCGGCGCCAAUGUUUCAGGGGGUGCUGGUUCAUCAGGCUCCAGGCCCACACGGCAGCGCAUCACACGCGUCAAUCUCAGGGAUUUGCUCUUUUGUUUGGAGAACGAGAGAUUUACCAGUAGCUCCAGUUUCCUCUACAAAGGCUUUCUUAAAUAGGCUUGAUGUUAGCUAAGAGAGGGGGAGGAGAGAGUAGUGUGUGGAGAGAGCCCUCCCAGCACACUUAGGGCAUACAAGGCUCCUGAAGCGGAGUAUUUGAAACCGUGGUUUUCCACUUUGGCAGAUAUAGGACCUGGAACAUCAAAGUAUAUACUGUAGCUAUACAUUGAAUCACCUUUCUACCUCCCACCCUCAAGGCUUAGUUACUUCCUGAGCAGCAAUGGACUCUCAGAAUCUUCUCUCUAAAAAUCUGGUUUAUUAAUGAAUUUUCAGAAUUGUAUUGAUAUUCAAAUUAUGCAAGUAUGCGCUCACUAUUUCAUUUUCUUGUUCCUUGUUGGAAUUUGCAUUACACUUUGAAGCACUGAAAAUAACCAUUGUUUAAACAGACGCCACACUCAUAUUAAAUCAUGAUUUUUUUUUUUUUUUUUUUUUGUGUGAAUUCUAAAAUGUACAUUCACACAGUUUGACCUACUGAAUUGCCUUUCCAACUAUAAGCCAUAUAGCAUAUUCUGCUGUAACCCACAGAGCAGUAAAUAUCGAGCUCCUCAUUACUAGACUGGUUUUUAUCUGAUGUAUAUUUAUUUACCAAAGUUGUUUUCGAAUCAGUUUAGUUAUUUAUUUAAUGUUAUGCCUUGUGUCAUGUACUUUGAGUAUAUACAUGUUCAUUAAUUUUUCAUAACUCUUAUGGUGUGUAGAUUUCAGUGUAUGAGGAGUGCUUCGUAUUCUAAAUUUGUUUUUGUCUUGAUUUAAAUAACUCCCAAGACACAGCCUGAAUUAUUUUUUUUUAUAGCUGCCGACAUGUCACUGUUCUCUUUCUCAUAAAUAUUGCAGUUAUUUCUCUAACUGAAUAUAUUUUGUGCUUUCAGCCUUUUAUCUUAGUGUCUUAUUGGGGGAAGAAACGUGUAUAUUUGUAAGUGUUGCAUCUUAACUUACAUAUUUUUAAUAGCUGUGAAAAUUUACCCAUAUUAAAACAUGUUUUAUCAAAUGAACAUUUUGAAUAAAUUAACAUUUUUGCA